AUGGCAGCAAACCCUUCAGGACAAGGUUUUCAAAACAAAAAUAGAGUUGCAAUCUUGGCAGAAUUGGACAAAGAGAAAAGAAAAUUACUAAUGCAGAACCAAUCUUCAACAAAUCAUCCUGGAGCUAGCAUCGCACUUUCGAGACCCUCUCUUAAUAAGGACUUCCGGGACCACGCCGAGCAGCAGCACAUUGCCGCCCAACAGAAGGCGGCGUUGCAGCAUGCACAUGCCCAUUCAUCUGGAUACUUCAUAACUCAAGACUCCGCAUUUGGAAAUCUUAUUCUUCCUGUUUUACCUCGCCUGGACCCAGAAUGA